UAUAUAUUCACAGAAAGGCUGCUACACUAUAACCAUACUUGAUCACGAAUAUAAAAAACAAUGUCUUCUUCAGAGGUAGACCUAGAAAAAUGUCGAAUUCCACUAGCGGAGAUCACUCGGGCCACAAAAAAUUUCAGUUCAGACACUCUGGUCGGAGAUGGUGGAUUUGGUAUGGUCUACAGAGGCCAACUCUCUAACCACUGGAAAAAACAGCUAGUAGCCAUCAAACGCCUUGAUCCUAAUGGUUAUCAAGGAACCAAGGAGUUCCAUAAUGAAGUCAAGUUGGUUUCAGGAUUCAACCAUCCAAACAUCAUCCCUUUCGUUGGCUACUGUGAUGAUGAAGAUGAGAAAAUUAUAGUUUACAAGUAUGCUACUAACAGAUGCCUUGAUUAUCACCUCCGAGACCCAGAUAAGAGGCGUUGCCUAACAUGGGAACAACGCCUGAAGAUAUGCUUAGGGGCAGCAUAUGGACUAAAGUACCUUCACUCGGAUGUUGGGGACGACAGCAGAGUAAUUCAUAGAGAUUUGAAGAGCGCAAAUAUUUUGUUAGAUGAUAAUCUGGAAGCCAAAAUAUGUGAUUUUGGUUUGUCAAGAUUAAGUCCAAGAAAUCAGCAAGAUACCCAUGUCUGUACAAGAGCUGCUGGUACAAGGUUUUACAUCGAUCCGAGUUACAUGGAAAGAGGUAGGCUCUCUAAAGAGUCAGACAUAUACUCAUUUGGAGUGGUAAUGUUUGAAAUGUCAAGUGGAAUAUUGGCUUAUAAUGCAAGGCACUUUGAAGAUAAGGAACUGUAUCUGAUCGACCUCGUCCGAAGCUACUAUGACGACCAUAAACUCGUUGAUGGACUUGACAAGUUAAUAGAUACCACUAUCAAAGAUCUGAUUCAUAUGAGAUCUUUUGAUAAAUUUAAUGAAAUUGCACAUGAGUGCAUUAACUUUGAUUUUAGGAAACGCCCGACGGUUGAUAGGAUCAUCAAGACUAUUGACGAAGCAUUGAAUAUUCAACUUAGUGGAUUAGACUCCGCGGCAUAUUCUGAGGCCUUUUGGAAAGGGCUCCUGCCACCGGAUUACCAGGAAAUUAUUGAAAGGGCGGUUUCUCCGCUGGGUUUUGCCUCUAAAAAGGAACUCUACUUCUGCCUAUCGGACUCACAUAUCCUCCUUGAUCGAGGCUACCUGAGCUUCCAGCUAGAUAUGGAAACCGGGAAAAAGUCCUAUAUGUUAGGCGCAAAGGAGCUCUUAAUUGAUUGGCAAGAUGAACCUCGGUACUGGGAAUGGGGACAUACACUUAAAUCAAGGUUUUCAGAGGUUUGUAUACUUAAAAGUGUAUGCUGGCUUAGCAUUCAUGGCAAAAUAGCAUCUGUAAUGUUGUCACCAUACACUACAUAUGUAGCAUACCUUGUCUUUCGAACUACUAGCAAUUCCGAAGGACUUUCUGUGCCGGCUAAAACAAUGGUAAGGUUUGGUGGAAUAAAAAUGGAGACCGAAAAUGUGUAUCUCAAAAGACCAGAGGCUAGUGAAAAAUGGCAAGAAAAUGAUGUGUUUCCUUUUAGGAGAAAGGAUGGGUGGAUGGAGAUCAAGUUGGGAGAAUUUGAGUACAAUGAAGGAGAUGUUGGUGAAAUUGAGAUGGCGUUUGAGGAGGUUAAGCGUUUAAACUGGAAGCAUGGUCUUAUCGUGGAGGGCAUUGAGCUUCGGCCUAAAACUACUGAUCAAUAUUCACCAUCUGUAAAACAUACAUAUACACACAAGCAAAGGGAGAGAAAGAUGAUCAACAAAUCAACCAGUCUCUCAAGUCUCCCAGUGUUGCCAAAAGGCUGUCUGUCGAGCGUACUAUCACUAACUUCUGCACGGAAAGUUUUGUAA